AGUUAGCAGCCCUGACAGCAGGCCAGCCCAGAUAUAGGAGUAGUGGGGAGUGGGAUUUAUCUUCUUUGUUCCACAGUCUUUAUCAGCUCUGCCAUUGUCAAUACCUCGGCAAUCACUAAAAGUUUAGAUUUUGCUCUUCCUCUUGUGAAGAAGUAAUCAAAUCAGAGAAGAGGCAUGUGAGCUAUUGGUGGUGGUCUCGGCCUGAAAUCUCCACUCACAAUGGUGGAUAUAUCAUCCAGAGGUAUCCAGGCCACCAACAUGGUCUUCUCCUCCUGGGCCUUAGUCUUCUUUGCGAUAGGAAUCAUCGUGGGAAAAUGGGUUGAACUGACGUUGGAAACAGAGACAAAUACAAUAAGCCACAGUCCCUGGAUAUGUUGCACUACUUUUUGGCCAGAAGGUGGUCUGGAAGUGGUCAGGACCAUGAUGAUUUUAGUUCUCAGCCUUUCCUUCAUCCAUAACUUGUUCCUGGGUUUGGAAUUCACCUACCUGAUUCCUCAAACUAAACGUACCAUCUUCAUCACUGUCUUCCUCAGCUUCUUCACAGGUCUCCUUCUGCUCUGCGCACUCCUGUUGUAUCAUCAAAAGCUAAGUCAAGGUAAAUUCGUGUACUACUCCAGUUACAAGAUUACCUGGACCAUUUUCACUGCCUACUUAAACGUUUCCCUCUUUGUGGCCUCUGGAGUCCUCUCUCUCCUACAAUACAAGCAGUCCAUCAAUAGCUUUGCCUGCCUUACCAUCAUCCGUACAUCCGACAGAGAAAUUAAGGACAUACAGGAAUCUAGGAAUUCUAUCAAAGUUACUUCCUCACCAGACCAGCCGGCGAUGCCUCGUAGUAUUGUUCAUACAAAGGAAGAUUUUCCCAACAGACCACAAGUCCAGACACGUCGUGUAACCUGGGCUGUGUGAUUUGACAAUCUAUCUUGCAGUAUAUACUUAUCUUAAUAGAAACAAUGUUGUGUGUAUGUGCUGUAUGUCUCUAGGGCUCUGUUAUCUUUUUGGCAUUAUUUAAAGAAUGUGACUAGGUUAGGGUCUGUAAAAACAUGCAGAAGUAACAAAUAGUUACUUCUAUUUGUUCUCACCGUUUAAUAACAUUCGUCAUUCAUAUAAUAAAUAUUAUCAUAUAACUAA